GUGUGUUGUGGACUCGUGGUGCUGGCUGCCGCUGUUGAGGCGGCCUGGAACGGGCUGUGGGGAGCGGGCGGAGCUGGCCCUGCUUCUGCCUGGUCAGCGCCGCAGGCGGCGCGGGCCGUGCCCGCUGCCGUCAACUGCCCCAAGCGCCUGCUGAGGCCGAGGGAGACGUCGGGGCCUGCACCUGGAGAGAGCCUGCCGCGCUGGCCCGGAGGAGGGGGCGUUGCCAUGGCGACAGCCUCUCCGGCAGCUGACGGGGGGCGGGGGCGGCCCUGGGAAGGAGGGCUAGUCUCCUGGCCCCCUGCCCCUCCCCUUACGCUCCCUUGGACCUGGAUGGGCCCGAGCUGGGGGCAACACCCUGGGCAUUGGGGCUUUCCAGCUCUCACAGACCCUUCAGCGACUCCAGCUGCCAGUCUUGGCAUCUUCGAAGUAAGGAGAGUUUUAGAUGCCUCUGGAUGCUCAAUGCUAGCACCUUUACAGACUGGAGCAGCUCGAUUUUCUUCGUAUUUACUUUCAAGAGCAAGAAAAGUGCUGGGCUCCCACUUCUUUUCUCCCUGUGCUGUUCCGGAGUUCUGUUCCAUAUCCACCAGAAAGCUGGCGGCCCACGGCUUUGGCGCAUCAAUGGCGGCAAUGGUGCCCUUCCCUCCCCAGAGGUAUCACUACUUUUUAGUGCUGGACUUUGAGGCCACGUGCGACAAGCCACAGAUUCAUCCUCAGGAAAUCAUUGAGUUUCCCAUCCUGAAGUUAAAUGGCCGGACCAUGGAAAUCGAGUCUACCUUUCACAUGUAUGUCCAGCCUGUAGUCCACCCACAGCUUACCCCCUUCUGUACAGAGCUCACCGGGAUUAUUCAAGCCAUGGUGGAUGGCCAGCCAAGGCUGCAGCAAGUGCUGGAGAGGGUCGAUGAGUGGAUGGCGAAGGAAGGCCUCUUAGAUCCCAACGUCAAGUCAAUUUUUGUCACCUGCGGAGACUGGGACUUGAAAGUCAUGCUUCCAGGCCAGUGCCAUUAUUUAGGCUUGCCAGUGGCGGAUUACUUCAAGCAGUGGAUUAAUCUGAAAAAGGCUUACAGCUUCGCCAUGGGCUGCUGGCCCAAGAAUGGACUACUAGACAUGAACAAGGGUCUCAGCCUGCAACACAUAGGCCGGCCCCACAGCGGCAUUGAUGACUGCAAGAACAUUGCCAACAUCAUGAAGACAUUGGCAUACCGAGGUUUCAUCUUCAAGCAGACAUCAAAGCCCUUCUGAUUGGCAGAGGACGGGAUGGGGCAUGACAGGGUAGCUGCUUGGCCCAAACCAGAAUCCUCUCCCUCACCAGAGGGGAAAGGGAGAGUGGCACAGCUCUGCGCCCAGAGUGUCCCCCAGCUGCCCUGUGGGCUUGUGCCCUGGGUACGGGCUUGGCCACUUGGCCCCUCUGGAGCAGACACUUUGUGCCCCACCCCACUCCCACUCCUCAGUCUCAGCCCAGUAUUAGCCCCUGCCAUGACGGGCCUGGGCUAGGGGGAACCCAGGUACUCACUGCCUUCUCCCUUGUACACAGGCUUCUGCUGGGACCACCAAGUCCCCCCUGUGCCCCCUCCCAUCCAUAGUGCAUGGUGUGUGGUGCCCCCAGGGCUCCAGGACAGAACAGGCCCCACCUUGUGUCCACCCCCAUCCCUGCUGUGAACGUGCCACUGAAUAAAGUCGGGGAAACAAGG